AUGCGAAUAACACUCCCCAAACUCCACCUCUUACUAUCGUACAACUCCAGCCCCCUCAAACCCAUCCAAGCCACCGUAACCCACCACCUCCCCCUCGCCGACGGCCGCACCCUCGCCUUCACCGAAUACGGCUCCCCAACUGGCCACCCGCUCCUCUACUUCCACGGCUACCCGUCCUCCGGCCGGGAAGCCUCCGCGAUCCACGCGCUCGCCCAACGCCACAACCUGCGCAUCAUCAGCCCGGACCGCCCAGGCUUCGGCCAGUCGACCUUCCAGCCAUCGCGCCGCAUCGCCGACUGGCCCGCCGACGUGUCCGCGCUCACCCGCCACCUGGGGAUACCCCGCUUCGCGGUGCUGGGCUGUUCCGGCGGCGGGCCGUACGCGGUUGCUUGUGCGCAUGCCUUGCCGGAUGUCUUGUCGGCGGUGGGGGUGUUUGCGGGGGGCGGGCCGUGGAGCGCGGGGACGCGGGAUAUCGGCCUGACCCGGCGGUCGACGGCGUGGGCGUCGGUGCGGUGGCCGCGGGUGUUGGGGGUGGUGUUUGAUGUGGUGGUUGGGGGGAUGCGAUGGGUGGCGGGAACGAGGGUGGUGAGUAGGAUGAUUGAGAAUUGGCUUGAAAAGAGUGCAGUGGAUGGGGAGGAGAAGAAGGUGCCUGUGUCCGAGCGGCGGGUGCGGCUGCUGGAGAUGGUCUUUGGUGGGUUUGCGCAGGGGACAGCGGCGGCGGUGCAGGAGGCGCGGCUGCUUUCGCAGGACUGGGGGGUCAGGUUUGAGGAUGUGAAGUAUGACCGGAUUCUGAUCUGGCAUGGGACGCGGGAUGUCAAUUCGCCGAUUCGGUUGACGCGGUGGAUGGCGGAGAGACUGCCGCAUGCUGUGCUGACGGAGUGGGAUGAGAACCAUUAUACCAUGGGGCAUCGGAUUGAUGAGGCUCUUGAGAAGCUGGUGGAGGAGAUUCAAUCCAAGGAGGCUCAGAUUUAUAAUGUAUUCAACCAAGAUAUGCCGAACAGCUACGAGAUUGCUCGCGUCGGGCCCAUCGCUCCACCAAGGCAUCAUUCGAUGUUCACAUUCAGCCGGAAAAGAGGGCGAAAGUCCACCUCGUGCUCCCAAUGCCACGCUCGGAAGCAGAAAUGCAACCAGGAGCAUCCAUGCUCGCGCUGCGUUGAGCGGGAUGUGCCACACCUGUGCCGCUGGCCCGCAGACCACACUGAUCGAACACCCUCAACCGCAAAGAAACAGGACCGUAGCGAGCGCAGCGAAGCGGUCCACACAAACACGCAGGGCACCGAGCUGGGCCAGCUGUACAUCGCGCGCGGCGCGCCCAGCUUCUUCGGCAACUCGUACUUCGGACACCAGGUGGCGGCGCGGAUGAUCCACGAGUCCGCCCCGGACCUCCCUCCCAUGAGCCUGCUUUCCAGCAAAGACUCGCUCCAGUCGUUCCGGAACGACUCGGGCCCGUUCUCGCAGGUCUGGGACCUCUUAGGGCUGCUCCCGCGCAACAAGAUCACUGUCGACCGGCUCAUUGAGCGCUUUCUGACAGAGGUCAACUGGGCCGUCGACACGGUGCACGCGGAGACGUUCCGCGCGCAGUUCGCCGAGUUCUGGGGCCGCAAGUUCGGCUUCGACGAGAUCGCCGGCGUCGACCUGCGCUGGCUGGCGCUGCUGUUCAUCAUCCUCGCCUUCAGCGUGCUGCUCGAACGCCCCGCCACGCCCUCGCCCGAGAAGCGCAGGGAGAGCGAGGAGGCCUCGUUGCGCUUCUACUGGGCCGCGCGCCGCGCCAUCGUCAUCUCGCCAUCCUUCCACGGGGAGAGCCUCGACCUCGUCCGCGCCGGGUUGAUGGUCACCCGCUACCUGCUGUACACACGGCAAGUCGCCGAGAGCUGGCUCACCAUCAGCUUCGCCAUGCGCAUGGCGCAGGCGCAGGGCAUGCACGUCGACGGCGAGAAAUGGGGGCUCUCGCCGAAGGCCACCGAGACGAGGCGCCGCCUUUGGGCCAAUCUGUACAUGCUCGACAAGACCAUCGCGCUGGCGCUGGGCCGCCCCUACGCCAUCUCAGACCACAUGUGUCUCAUCCAGGCGCCGGAGAAUGUCUGGCUCGACGAUGUGCCCGACGAUCAAUCCGCGACGGUCACGUCCAACCCCCUGAGCGACCCAACCCCCAGCGCCAUCACGCUCAUCGGACACGGCCUGGCCAAGAUCGCCGGCGAGAUCCAGGACCGCUGCUUCGGGCUGUACCCGGCCGCCUACGACGUCGUCGUGGAAAUGGACGAGAAGCUCGUCGCGUGGAAGGAACAGCUCCCGGCGUACUUCGCCCUCGAUAGCACAGACACCUCGCUGGAUUCCUCGCGUGCGUUUCUACCCUGGCACCGUCUCUUCCUCCACUCGGCCUUCCACUUCGCCCGCAUCACCCUCCACCGGCCCUAUCUCCUCCGCGAGUCCAUCACGAACCGCUUCCGACUCAGCCAUGAGGCGUGUAUUUCGUCCGCCUCAUCGGACCUUAAAAUGCGCCUCCGUGCGUUGACCCACGGAACUGCCGAGAACAUGCGGUGGACACUGGGCACCCACAACAUGUUCAACAGCGCGUUGAUUCUGGGGAUCAUCGCCGUGCGUCGGCCGAAUGCUGCGCAGACUGCGGGGAUCUUGGAUGACCUGGACGAGUACUGCGAGAAGCUGCGAAAGGAUCCGUGGCUGAAUGAAUUUGGGCUGGCUGAAGUCAAGGUGGUCGAGCUGUGCAUUGCAAGGACAAGAGGGCUUACUAGGGACUCGGGGGAUGUGCAUCGACAGGACGAGCAGGGUCCGUCUGUAGGCGCCGUUCCUGUGUCUGAAGUCCGGGGAUCUGGUCCAAGCAGUGCUCCAUUACUGUCCGCUAUCGAUCCCAGCAUGGAUAUCAGCGCGGUGGAUGCGUCUACUCAUCCGCCCGGGUCGUCUCCCGACAUGAUGUGGCCUGCGAUAUGGGAGGACCAGAACUUCGCAUUUCCUGAUGCUGCGGAUCUCGAGACGUGGGAGCAUAUGAUUUCUGAGAUUGCCUAUCAUAUGUAG